AAUUGUUAAAAUGCGGUGGUCUAACUUCACUAUUCUCUCAGUAUUCUCGCUCAGUGCUUAACUGUACCCGAUUACUAAUUCUGAAAGCUCCAACCUUUGUCUUUAACCUUUCUCCACCCAUCGCUUCACCCUCUACACACACGCAUUCCUCUCCAUGUGCUCUUCAACUUGAUAAUCUCCCUUCCUGAUCCCCCAUCAUCUUCUCUGCCCUCAUUUUCCUGUCUUCUCCUCACCCCUUCGCACUCUUCCACACACUCAUCUCCGCCUCCCUGCUCCUUCUACUACUGGUGGCUCCCUUUUCCCUCAGAGUGCAGUGUUGUUUCUUGAGUCAUUGCUUGGUCAGGAGAACGUCAGUACAUUGGCCAUGGUAAGCAACAUUCCUGAGUGUUUCCAUCGUGCUGCCCUGACAUGGUGCCUUAAACAGAUCCCACUCACUUGGUUCAGUUUAGCCCCAUGUCGUGUCAUGUCGUGUCACACCAUAUAGCGCUGAGAGUAGAGAAGCUGUGUGUUUCAGUACAGUGGUAUUUGCAUGUAAGGGCUCACUUUACUUGUGAGCUUUUGUGCAUGUGUGGAAACCUUAUUGUGCAUUAGUAGUUCACCAUGAAUCACCUAGUGUGUCUGAAUGUGUGAGUUAACUUCCCGCAUGCAGUCAAACUGAAAAUAAAGCCUGUUUCUGCAACUUCAGAUUUAAGCUAAACAAAAGAUCUGGAUGCUGUGCUGAUAGUUCCCAGUAAAUUCAGUGUAAAAGAGCAAAAUCUUUGGUAUAAUAGUGUAAUAAGUGAAUAAGGCCGAUUUUACAGUUAUUUAAAAGUUUUGGAACUCAAAACCAAUAGAAGGUUAUUACACCUGUUUACGAGUUACACAGACACUGACAUGAAGUUCUUAAGUUUGUGGCCUUGUGUAGUGCAACAGGUGCAGAUUAGAUAUGCGUCCAACUCGCUGGGCUCCCCUUGACCUUGCAGUACUGUGUCUGUUUACUCUGUGUGUGUGUCGUUUUGUGAGUCGGGGGUGGAGGGUGCACAGGAAUAGAGAGGGGUGCUGUCCAGCUGUCACCAGCACGCACAGCUGUUUGUCCAAGUCGGCACAUCUUAUAUCUUAAGAUGCCGCUCAUAUGGGCUAUUAAAGUUCCCAGCUGAAUGCGAUCAGUGAGUUUGUACCAGCUGCUCCUGUCAGCAUUAUGAAUCACACUGCCUGCACAUUGUCUUCUGUCGUCUCUCUGCAUGGUUUUCAGUCUGGCCAGCAUGCCAUGUUACUUAAUUGUGGCCUUGUGUAAUAACAAAUGUAAAGCAUGUCUCCCCCCUCCUUGCACACCACUCCAGUUUUUUGAGAUGGUGAUCCGAUUCCUGGCCGAAGGAGCUGCCAGCGGCCUGAAUGUCAUCGCUGUUUACGUCACAGAGAUCCUCAGAGUCACUGGAUUUGAUGCUACACUGAAACUGCCCCACUUCACUCCAGAGGGUGUGACAGCCGUCGCCCAGUGGGGUCUGGUGGCCCUCAUUGGCUACUGGUUGCUGUCCAUCUGUCUGCGUCUGCUGAUUGGUGUGAUAAAGCAGGUCUUCUGGAUUAUCAAAACUGUCUUGGGACUCUGGUUUUUUGGACUGAUAGUGACUGAUAAGCAAGCGUCCGCAGACACCACGGCAGUUCGACUGGCUGGCUUAGUGCUGGUAUGCGUCUUUUUGACGCUGCUCACUUCGAGCUCUGAAAAGUCUUUUGUUGUGGAGGAUCGACUGAGGCGCCUGGAAGGCCGAGUGAACGCAGUAGAGAGUAAGAAAAAGGAGUAGUGAUGAGAAAAGGCAGACAGGAGUUAAGAUGGACAAAGGUGAUGGCAAUGCAAGUUAAGAAAAAUAGUAACUGAUUUCUGUCAGCCUGUUUGUGUGAGGUAUGGGUAAUAAAGUAAUCUCUGGGAUUUUUAAUCAAAAAUGCUCUUUUCGUCUGCAAUCAAGCCACAUGAAAACUUGUUUACUAUGACAAACAAAAUGUAUUGAAAGGCUACACAAGAAAAAAAUGACUGUGCAUACAGGAAAUAAUUCCAUAAAUGAGAUCAUAACAGUCCUUUUCUGCCCUGUCUGUUGCACCAUUUCAAACACAAUAAAAUAUUUUACAAAAUUUUCA